AAUGUUCUCAGAAGCAACUAAGGAAGCAAAACCAGAUUAAUUGGUUCCUCAAUUAAAUUAGAAUCCUAGUAGCACAUUCUUUGUUUAUAAUUGUUACAUACCUGUUGUCUAAGAUUUUAUGAAUCAACCUCCAACAUUGCAAGUUAGAAAUUCAAGUAUGUUUAUUUUAAGUAAUAUAGGUGAAUCAUUCCCAUAAAUAUUGAAAUAAACAGACAGUUUAUAAAUGGGACAUCUUGGAGGUGGGAUGUCAAUUCCAAGUUUUUAAUUUGGUGCAUCUACACCUUUUAUAAAUGCAGAAGAUGUAAUGAGAAAUGUUUAACCACAACCUACUUAGAAUCAUUUUGCAUCAUUCAUUUUAAAUGAACAACUCAAACCAUAGAAUCAACCUUAAAAAAAUAGAAUUAUUGAAGGAACGCAAAUUAUGUGUGACAUUGAAAUUGUACUCAUUUCUCGUUAUUUCGAUAUGAAGGCUACUGUAAUUGAUUUGUCCGAUUAAGAUAGGUAUUUUGCUCUCCUAACAAUAAAUACAAUUUAAAAGAAGACACAUCUAUUUCGAAUUCAGAAUGGUUGAAAGAUAGAAUGUCAUACAGAUAUAAAAAACCUGUAUAUAUAUAUAUAUAUAAGAAUAAAAUUAGAUCAAAGAAUCUUUUUGUGAUAUGAUUGAAGUUAUUCAAAAAGAAGGUGAAUCAAACAUGAAGGGAAUCAUCUAACCGAUUAAAUUCUAAUAAAAUGGUUUUGAUUCUAUAGAACGGUAAGUUCCAAAAAGUGUGAAAUUAGAAAAACCAUUCUCACUUUUUAUUUUAGAAAUACAAUAACUUGUUUCAUAAUUUCUAUUUAAUACCUAUUGA